AGAACAUCUUGCAGGGUCUGCUACUGUUGAACAAGAUGUUCAAAAACCUUCAUUAACUCCAUCUGACUUGAGCCAGAGUUGCCACCCUAAGUGCUUAGAUAGAAUUGUUACAAACAGUGAUAUACAAUUUAUUUCUGGAUAUGAGAAAGUGGCUAAAAUGUCGCUGCAACUAGGGUGGCUGAUGUUUCAACGUGAUGGCUAUACACUUAUGGAUGUUAGAAACACUCUUAUGAAGGAUGUUCUAGAUCAACCAGAUUGCACGAAAGUCACUCAUGUGCUUGAAGAGUGGCGACGACGUAAAGAAAAUGAGGCAACUGUUAGAGCAUUGAUAGACAUCUGUUAUAAUCACACAAUUGGCUGUGACAGGCCGUGUAUGGAAUCUACACUCAUCUCACUUCCUCAACUUCAUGAUUCUUCCUCUGAAACAUGUGAGCAACAGACGCUGGUGUCAAGAGCAACCAGCCAAUGUACUGACAAAGAGAUAGUGGCUGUAGCUAAUCAUGUUUCUGCUUGUUGGCAGCAAUUCGUUUCAUUUUUAUCACCCACCUAUUUUGCAAUGGCCAAAAUAAAGGUAAUAAAAGAUGUAAACAGAGAUAACCUCUUUUGCCAGUGUCGAGCAGCAUUAGAAAUGUGGACCAACAAGUUUGUUGACAAAGCCAAUCGGCGAUCUGUGAUUCAAGCAAUGUGUGACAUUGGCUACAGAUCUCUGGCAGUAGCAGUUUUGGUCAUGACUUGGUAGAGCAUGUGUGUCCAUCAUAAUUGUCUAGUAACUUCAAUGUAUUAUUGAUAUAGGGUUUCUAUUAAUAUCAAAUCAUUUUAUGUUGCAUGGUAAUGGUGGAUGAAAUUACACUCUAACUGGAUACUAUUGUAUUGACAAAUAAAUUUUUUAUACAAA